GUAGCUUUAUGCUGUAGACUAGCUAACUAGCAAAUUGUCCAUAACAUGAUUUGUUGUUUGCAAAAAACAUUAUAACUUACUUCGUGUUGGAUAUCUGAAGGAGACGUUCAACGCAGCCUCGUAAGUUAGCUAGCUAGCUGACAUGGCUUGCUAGCUUCAGAAGUUGCCUGUCAACACAUUAGCUUGCAUGCUAACGUUAGCUGCUUCUUUCGGUUCAUACUGGAAAGUGUAAUUAAGUGUUUCCGCUAUUGUCAGACACGGAGGAUGAAGGUAAAGAUCCGACAAUGGAACGGAGUGGCCUCUUGGUUAUGGGUGGCUAAUGACGAAAACUGUGGGAUCUGCAGGAUGCCCUUCAAUGGCUGCUGCCCAGACUGUAAAGUGCCUGGGGAUGACUGCCCGCUGGUCUGGGGUCAGUGCUCUCACUGUUUCCACAUGCACUGCAUCUUGAAAUGGCUGAACUCCCAGCAGGUCCAGCAGCAGUGUCCCAUGUGCCGACAGGAGUGGAAGUUCAAAGAAUGAUCCUGUGGAGUAUUCCCUGCAGAGACUCUUCUUGGAUUUAAUUUUUAUAUCAGCUGUACAUAACUAUGUUUUUCUACUUGUGAUGUAAUGCAAAGGGCACUUGAAACCUACUGUUUUCAGUUUGCAGAUUUAGUAUGUGAUUAAAUGGAAGGGGAAAAACCCUACACUGUA